AUGCCUCACUCACACAAUGUGACUGAAUUCAUUUUCCUGGGAUUUUCUUCCAGUCAGCAGGUGCAAAAGCUUAGCUUUGUGAUAUUUCUGCUCUUGUAUAUUGCAAUCGUGCUGGGGAAUUUCCUCCUCAUACUCACUGUUAUGAGCAGCACAAGUCUUGGUUCUCCCAUGUACUUCUUCCUCAGCUGCCUGUCCCUGGUGGAGAUCUGCUACUCAUCCACCACCGCCCCCAAACUCAUCUCGGAUCUGCUGGCUGACAGGAAAGCCAUCUCAGUGGCAGGCUGCUUCACACAGCUUUUCUUCAUGCAUUUCUUUGGUGGUGCUGAGAUUUUCCUUCUGACAGUGAUGGCCUAUGAUCGCUACGUAGCCAUCUGCAAACCUCUGCACUACACCACUAUCAUGAACCAGCGGGUGUGUGCUGUCCUGGUGGGGGCAGCAUGGGUGGGAGGCUUUCUGCAUUCUAUUGCCCAGAUUCUUCUCAUCUUCCAGUUGCCCUUCUGUGGCCCCAAUGUCAUUGACCACUAUUUCUGUGACCUGCUGCCCGUGCUCAAACUCGCCUGCUCAGAUACUUUCCUCGUUGGUCUCCUGAUUGUUGCCAAUGGGGGCACACUGUCUGUGAUCAGCUUUGUGUUCCUGUUAGCAUCCUAUGUUGUCAUCUUGGUCCAUCUGAGGACCCAGAGCUAUGAGGGGCAGUGCAAAGCCCUCUCCACCUGCGCAUCUCAUAUCACUGUGGUGACCUUGUUCUUUGUACCUUGCAUCUUCAUCUAUGGGAGGCCUUUUGCCACUCUGCCAGUGGAUAAGCUGAUAGCCGUGUUCUACACUGUGAUAACCCCACUCCUCAACCCUGUCAUCUACUCACUGAGAAAUGCUGAAGUGAAGAAGGCCAUGGAGCACCUGUGGAUCAGGACUGUGAAGCUCAUGACAGACCGAGGCUGA